AAUGGCAAAGGAUAAAAUACUUUCUGCUAAACUUAAGUAAUAAGAAUUUAAAACCAAAUCAACUUAAUUGAAGACAUAAAAAAUAGCUUAAUUACUUGAGCCAUAGUUUUAGUAGAGUGUAGAAAUAGAUGAUGAAAGACCAUUAUUAAAAAUUUCUAAUUUUAAGGAUUAUUUACCAGAAGAGAAUGUGCAAAAUGUAGAACUUAUAUUGAUUAAACAAGAUUAUCAAUCUAAAAUUAAAAUAAGGACCAUAUAAACUUUCAGUGACACCUUAAACAACUUAUUUGGCAGGAGAAUCUGGUCACAUAGCUGCUUUUAAUUGGAGACACAAAUAAUUGGAAUGUGAAUUUGAUGUUAAAGAGAAAUGCUAUGACAUAGUUUCUAUUGCAUAAAGAAAUUUUGCAGUAGCCUAAAAAAGUUGCAUCUUUAUUUACGAUCCAAAAGGUGUUGAAGUUCAUAAAAUUCGUGAAUGCAAAUAAGCCACAAAAUUAGAGUACUUGCCCUAUCACUUUUUAUUGGCUGCACUCAAUUAAAAUGGAUAAUUGACUUAUUAAGAUAUAACAUAAGGAAAAAUAAUAUCUAGUAAAAUAUUUUAUGAUUAUUUAGCCUAUAGAACUACACCAUCUCCUUUAUGUUUAAAAUAAAAUCAUAACAAUGCAAUAUUAGGUAUAGGAGAUCAAAUGGGAGUAGUAAGAAUGUAUGCUCCAAAUACUGGGACAUCACUUACAUCAAUGUUAUGUCAUAAAGGAGGAUUAAUGUCUAUGACUUUCUCUAGAGAUGGCAAUCAUUUAAUUACAAGUGGAUCAGAAGGAACAAUUAAAGUUUGGGAUCUAAGAACUUAAAAAUUAUAAUCUUAAAUUGGAGUCAAUGCAACUAAUUUAGCAUUAAGUGAUAAAGGUGUUUUAGCAGCAGGGAGAGGAACAGAUAUUGUUAUGUGGAAAAACUGUUUGAUUGGAGACUUAAAAACACCCUAUUUAAGAUAUAAAGCUUCAUCUAUGAUUUGUGAUAUUGACUUUAUUAAGCAUGAAGAUUAUUUAUCAAUGAGCACUUUUGAUAGUUAUGAACAAACAGUAGUACCAGAAAGUGGAGAACCAUUUUUUGAUACUUAUGAACAACCAGAUUUAUAGAAUAAAAAAUAAAGGUUAGAGACAAAUGUAAAAUAAUUAAUUGAAAAAGUAAAAUAUUAAUGAAAUUAAUUUUAUAGUUACCUCCAGAAUCUAUAUCUCUUUAAUCAUAUAGGAUUGGAACAAUAGAUAGAACUUCAAAAAUUAUAAUCGAAAAAGAAUAAAAAAAAUAAAUUGAAGAAUAGGCAAAUAAGAAAAUAAAGAAACAAAAGAAAAAAAUGAGAGGAAGGUAUAGAAUUUAUUUGUAAUUUUUUUAGAAAUAAAAUUGGUAAAAGAGAGAAACUAAAGGAAUUAGAACGAGAUUAGAAAUAAUAAGUUAAAUGGUAAGAAAUGUUAUCAGAUGCUCUAAGAGUUAAGAGAGCUGAGAAAGAAAAGAAAAAGAUUGAAACUAAAUUAUUAGAUAGAUUAGAAUAGAUGUCUAGUAAAGAAUUUAUUAGAGUGGUUUCAUGAAUUUGU